ACACCUCAACCCUUCUGUACCAGUUUGAUUCACACAAUAGUUUGUUCUUGUCCUUGCCGAAUAAAAAAUUCAGCAGUCAAAGUUCUUGAUUAAAUAUCUGAUUUCCUCGAACCUCACUGUUGAUUCAUACACACCAAACUACUCUUCCAUGGCAAUAGCUUGUUUUUCCUUUGUAGUUCUUAGUUAAUACCACUCCAGAACAAAAGAGCCAAAGCAAAAACUCACUUUGUACAGCCCACAAAGGAGUCCCUUUGUCAAGUUCUCCCGAAUCUCAUUUUUGUUCAACAUGACAAGGGCACCCUUUGCUUCUUCUUUUGCUGCUCUUGUUUUCUUCUUCUUCUGCUUCAUCGAUUUUCAAUCAGCCCAUGUCGCCGCCCAGAGAGAAGUGAACAAUUCUGCCUCUGCCACUGCCUCUUGCGGUGAUCUUCUCAAUAUCCAAUACCCAUUUCAGUUGAAAACUGAUCCCAACAAUAGCAGUACUCAAUUCCCUGAAUUCCAACUCAAUUGCGAAAACAAUCGAACUGUAGUGAAUCUGCAAUUCUGGAAACUGGAGUUAAACGAUGGCUAUUAUUUGUCCAAAUCAUUCUACACAAGAAAAUAUUUCGUGGAUGAAAUCUUAUACUCCAAGAAGCUUAUCCGAAUCGUCGAUCCUGGUUUAGAGAGAGGGAAUUGCUCUUCUCUGCCUCGUUUUUCUUCUUUCCCUAGUUACAGUAAUUCAUUCUACAACUUGGAAUCAAAUGAGAGUGGUAUCACAUUCGUGGGUUGUUCAUCACCAGUCAAGAAUGACACAGCUUACAUAUCUACCUCUCCUUACCUCAAUGGAACCUCCUCACGCCCAUAUUCUUAUGUCCUUCUUGAGAAGGAUCUCCGCCCAAACUGCAAAUUUGUAGGUAGUUCUCCCAGACCCGCAAAGAUAAUUCUGAACCACACGUACCCAGAAAUUCACCAGGCUUUGCUGUCUGGUUUUUACCUUCAUUGGGAAGAUCCUUCUGUCCCCCAUUCUUCUCAAGGUUUCUUAAAUGUCCUUGCAGUUAUGUUUCAUAUCAUACUCGUUGAACUCCCUCAGACUAUGAAAGGGAUAGGGUACGUCUUGUUAGGAAACAGAGUAGUUGGGAUAUUUUGCUUGUUAUCCUUUUUGAUCUACAAAUUACGCAGGAAACAUCUGUCAAUGGAUGACAGAAUUGAACAGUUCUUAACUAACUACAAGAAUCAUAUGCCAAUGAGGUAUUCAUAUUGGGAAAUUUGGAUGAUUACCAGACGUUUCAAAGAAAAAUUAGGCCAAGGAGGCUUCGGCUCUGUAUACAAAGGAGUGCUUCCGAAUGGCCAUCCAGUUGCAGUAAAGAUGUUGAGCAAGACUAAAGGUAAUGGGCAAGACUUCAUCAAUGAAGUUGCGACUAUUGGAAGGAUUCAUCACAUUAAUGUCGUGCAACUAAUUGGAUUCUGCGCAGAGGGAUCGAAGAGGGCUCUUCUAUAUGAAUACAUGCCUCAUGGAUCUCUGGAUAAGUAUAUAUUUGCUAAAGAUACUAAAAGCAACACUCUAAGCUGGGGCAAGUCGUAUGAGAUUGCCAUAGCUAUUGCUCGUGGGAUUGAAUAUCUACAUCGAGGUUGUGAUAUGCAGAUUUUACAUUUUGAUAUCAAGCCCCACAACAUUCUUCUUGAUGAGAACUUUACUCCAAAAGUUUCAGACUUUGGGCUUGCAAAAUUCUACCCAACUGAUGAUAGUAUUGUAUCUGUAACUGCUGUAAGAGGAACAAUAGGAUACAUGGCUCCUGAACUAUUUUUCAGAAAAUUUGGAGCAGUUUCAUAUAAAUCUGAUGUUUAUAGUUAUGGAAUGUUAUUGAUGGAAAUUGUUGGAAGAAGGAAAAAUGUCAACACACUGGUCGAUGACUCGAGCCAAAAUUACUUCCCUACAUGGAUAUAUGAUCAGUUGGAUCAAGACGAUGACUUCGAUUUGGGGACUGAAACAGAUGAUGAAAAGGAUAUAGUGAAGAAACUGAUUAUAGUUGCACUAUGGUGCAUACAAAUGAAGCCUAGCGAUCGUCCUUCAAUGAGCAAAGUUACAGAAAUGCUAGAGGGAAGUGUAGAACUUCUGCAUAUGCCACCCAAGCCCUGCUUAACAUCUCCAGAUCGGGAUCUUGAUGAAGCUCAUGAAGCUAUCUCAAAUUCUGCAUAUCCAGAAAUUUCUUGUGAAUCAAAUGCCUCUUAUAUCGACUCAUCAUCUCAAAUGUGAAUGUAUAAAAAUUUAUUGGAUGACAA